GAAAAACAUUCAAUAAUUUAGUCAGUUCUUACAUCAGUGUGGUCGUUGAUACUCGUUUUUGAAAACUUUAAAAUGUUAAAGCUUUCCGUAAUUCAAUUAUUUAUUAUUGGAGCAUUUUUUAUAGUCGCAGUGCAAUCCAGAAUAUGUAGUAAAGAAGUAGUUAAAACGCGCCCGGUGGUUGAACCUGUUAGUAUAUUGUCAAAUGGCCGACAUUAUAUGGACGAGGAUGAAGUGACUCCAAAAACAUUAUCUAAAUCGAAGAGGAGGUAUGAAAACGUAACCGUCACGAUCACAUAUUGUUGUAGAGAAGAAGAUGACACAGAAAUCAGUUUAAAAGAAUGCAUAAAAGACUGCAAAGCAAAUUGUAUGUUUGGCCAGUGCAAGAAAGGAAGUUGUGUAUGUAGCUACGGGUUCAAAUUAGUCAACAAAAACUGCGUCUCAUUCUGUGACCUCUGCAUAGAAUCAAAUGGGACGUGUGACGGUUUGAUAUUAUGCCGGUGUAAGUCUGGAAGCUAUGUGGGCCAACCAUGUCCAUUUCCUGAUGAAUAUCCUAAAACGACUACGGAAUAUUUGGGAGAUUUCAGAGACACUGAUGAAGAUGUAGCCUUUAUGAGGUAUUUGUGGGCGAAAUUAAAUAACGGUUCUAUACCAUCAGGAUCUGAGAUUGCUCUGGACGAUUAUGAUCGCUUUGGAGGUUCGAACCACACGAAUAAUUCAACGGAACCUUCAACGACUAUUGUACCUAUGAAUACGACGAUAGCUCACAGUAAUAAUGAAACAACAGAAAGCGUAAGAACAACUACAUCAUCGGUAAAUAUUACACGAGAUACAAGUGAGCAGUCUACUGCCGCCAAAGAUGUUGCACCUAUUUCAACCGAAGACGCUGUCACAGGUCAAAGUAACUCUACCGACUUAAAGCAGGGUUCAGCAACAUUCAAGUUUCAGCAAAAUGGCGUGUCUAUAUUAAUUGCAAUAAUAUUCGGUAAUCACACGUGCGGAAAUCAAGAUAGUUUGUUGGUGGAUGCUCCAAGUAGUAAUUAACUAUUAGAGAUAAUAAUAAAAGGUAAUUUCCUCGGAAUUUUGGAGCCUUUGAGAGGAUUUUUAAUUUUAGUAUGGUAUACCUACAUAUAUUUGUAUUAUAUGUAUUUUAAAACAUUUUUUAAAAAUAAAUGUUACAUUAUUAUCCAUUCAACAUUAAUUCCAUCACCUUAACGAGACUUAAUAGUCGUAAUAACGUAAUAAAACGUAUAAGAUUCCAAUUAAUCUAUAUGUUCACAUCAGAAUCCUACUACUGAUAUUAUAAAAGGAAGCCUGUAUGGAUGUCUUUUCCCUUUCACACAGAAUAUCACACUUGGCAGUAAUUAAGCUAUACAUCAGAAUAACAUACAAUAGGAAAGAUAGCAGAUUGAAACAUUUUUUAAAUUGAUCCAGUAAUUUCUGAGAUUUAUUUUUAUAUAUUUCUAAAAAAAAGUCGUGUUAGUUACUCAUUUUAUAACUCAAGAAUGUCUGAACCAUUUAAGCUAAAAAUAUAUAGAAGAGAAGAUAGCUUAGACACGGGAAAAGGACAUAGGGGAGUUUUUGUUACCAUCCGGGAUGCGGGAGAAACCGCGGGCAGAAGCUAGUAAUUUAUAGAGGUAGAUACCUAGCCAAUAGUGUUUUGUACUUUUAAACAAAAGCAGCAAAACAUUAAUGCUGCGGAAUAAUUUGCUACCAUGGUGAUAUUAUUUUGGCUUAUCUAUCAAACGCCAGGAUGUUGAAAAUUUUUAUCAUUAACACCAAAAUUAUUCUAUUGAAGAUACAAAUUUUGGCAGUUCAUACUUGAGUGUAGCCGUUACUACACGGUUUUAAAAACUUUAAAAUGCAAAAACUUUCUCUGGCUCAUCUUCUUAUUAUAGGAGCAUUUUUGAUAGUUGCAGUGCAGUCCAGAAUAUGCAGUAGAAUAUCUACUAAAACCUCAUUAACCGUCGAAGGACAUAACAAUCCAGGAGAUGUAGGCUCCACUUCAAAACCAUCACAUAAACAAAAGAUCAGGCAUGCUAAGAGAACCCACAUGAUCACUUAUCAUUGUAGCGAAGAAGAUUACAACGAAAUCAGUGAAGCAGAAAGCAAAGGUAUAAACUGUAUAGACUGUAAAUAUUGUUCCGAAGAUGGAACUUGUUUUUGUAACUACGGGUUAUUGAUAAAUAACCCUUGUGUAAAUUUUUGUGAGAUAUGCAAUCAAAAUGGACGUUGUGUCGUCGGUCCAUUGGGAUGCGAAUGUAAGACUGGAACUUAUUAUUUCCGCGAAGCAUGUCCACUUUCAGGUGUAAUUAAUUCUCCAACGGCAAGUACACAUGCAGAUUUAUACAGUACCGUGUCAGGUAAUGUUGAAUCCAGUACAGUGCGAGCUGAGAAGAGUAAAGUUAAUAUUAAUGAUCGUUUAAACAACACGAGUAACUCAACAGGAUCUUUGACAUCUAAUGAACCUUUGAAUUUGACGGAAUCACAAGGUUAUGAUGAAGUAACGAAAAGGAGUUUGAAUGUUACAACACUUGAGUCUGACCAGCCUCAUCAAGUUGUUAAGCCUAUUUCAACAGACAGUGUUGUCAGUAACAAAAACAACUCUAAUGGAUUGGACCAGGCACCAGUUGUAUCAAGGAUGCAGCAAAAUGGGAUGUCUAUUAUUAUUUCAAUAAUACUAGGUAAUUAUAAGUGUGGGAAUCAAAAUACUUUGUUGGGCGGUUGUUCAACAGGUAAUUAACUUCUCGUGAAACCAUAUAAAGUUAGUAAGUAACCAAGGCAUGGAGACGACAGUCGCGACCUGGAGACGGUUCUAUAGCGAUCCUGGCACAUCACUAUAAUUAGGUUUUUCGGAUGUUAACUUCAUACAACUUGGGAUUCAUGUCAUGUUUUUGAUCCUUAAAGAUUUUUUAUUAUAAAUUCUGUCAAUAAGUGGGACUAUACCGAGUCGUAAAUCUUGUAAACGUGGAUGCAGAUGUUGCGCUACGAACAGCGCACAAUCCAUGCCUCGGCUUGAGGCGUGUGUUAAAAAAUAUACCAACGUAUGCUCGGGUUGAACCAUCUCUCGUGGCGCAAUCCUUAGCAAUGUCUAGAUCCACCUUAACUGUAAUGCGGAUGGAUAACUAUUUGACAGACAUAUUAUUUUUUUUAUUCCUCUUCUCAAGAGGCUAAAUAAAUGUAGUAUUAGUUUUAAAGCAUGUGUGUAUCUACGAAUAUGAAUAUGCAGGAGACUCUGAUGAAUGUAAAAUUGGAGUGGAUAUAUGUAUUUAUAAGAAUAUACUUAGAUGUAUGGAUUUAGUAGAGUGGUGGCCUAGUGGGCAAAGAACCAACCUCUCGAGUAUGAGGGCGCGGGUUCGAUUCCAGGUCAGGCAAGUACCAAUGCAACUUUUCUAAGUUUGUAUGUACUUUCUAAGAAUAUCUUAGACACCAAUGACUGUGUUUCGGAUGGCACGUUAAACUGUAGGUCCCGGCUGUCAUUGAACAUCCUUGGCAGUCGUUACGGGUAAGUAGUCAGAAGCCAGUAAGUCUGACACCAGUCUAACCAAGGGGUAUCGGGUUGCCCGGGUAACUGGGUUGAGGAGGUCAGAUAGGCAGUCGCUUCUUGUAAAGCACUGGUACUCAGCUGAAUCCGGUUAGACUGGAAGCCGACCCCAACAUAGUUUGGGAAUAGGCUCGGAGGAUGAUGAUGACUUAGAUGUAUGGAUUUAUGAC